AUGUUCGGUAUUCUAAAGGACUACCGAAUGCGACUGAAUCCGGCGAAAUGCGCAUUCGGUGUAUCUUCCGGAAAAUUUCUCGGGUUCAUGAUCAGUCAAAGGGGAAUCGAGGCCAAUCCCGAGAAAAUAAAAGCCAUAAUCGACAUGGAGACCCCAAAGACGCAGAAGGACAUUCAGAGCCUUACCGGACGUGUCGCUGCCCUGACACGCUUCAUCUCCAAGGCUACCGAUAAAUGCGUACCGUUCUUCAAAGCUUUGAAAGGGGGCAAACAUCAUAUAACAUGGACUCCCGAAUGCGACCAAGCAUUUCAAAACUUGAAGAACUACAUGAGCCAAGCACCAUUGUUAUCAAAACCACUGCCAGGCGAGGUACUACUCCUGUACCUUUCGGUAUCCAGCACUGCCGUCAGCUCAGUGUUGAUAAGGAGGCCAGAGAAGGCAGAGCUACCGAUCUUCUAUGUCAGCAAGGCGCUCCAGAGCGCAGAACUUCGGUACCCACCCUUGGAACAACUAGCGCUGGCCCUGGUCGUCUCGGCACGAAGACUUCGCCCCUACUUCCAGGCUCACGAAAUCACAGUUCUGACGAACCAACCUCUUCGGCAGGUGCUCCAAAAGCCGGAAACAUCCGGCCGACUGGUCAAAUGGGCGAUCGAGUUGGGAGAGUUUGAUAUACAGUUCAAGCCAAGGCCCGCAGAGAAAGGGCCAGGCCGUUGCCGAUUUCAUCUCCGAACUCACACCCCUGCUUUAUCGGAACCGUCAUCGCCGAGCGCUGUAACUACCGAACCAGAAAAAAUGGAUACCGAACGUUUCGACGCGUCCACUCCUCUCUGGAUCCUGCACGUGGACGGCUCGGCAAACCAGCAAGGCUGUGGUGCCGGCUUAGUGUUAACCACUCCGGACGGUAGCAAAAUCGAGUACGCCCUCCGAUUCAACUUCCGAACCUCCAAUAACGAGGCAGAAUAUGAGGCCCUCCUGGCUGGCCUUCGGCUAGCCCAGAGCAUGAGCGCGAGGCAGAUCAGCAUUCACAGCGACUCCCAGCUCAUAGUAAACCAGAUAACGGCAGACUUCGCAGCAAAGGAUGCCUCCAUGUCAGCCUACCUAUCGGCAGCCCACCAGCUACUACAGAAAUUCCAAGCCUAUGAGAUACGGCAGAUCCCCAGGUCGGAAAAUAGCCAUGCCGACGCACUCUCGCGAUUGGCUUCGGCAAUAAAUGACAAGAUCGGAAGGAAGGUACCGGUGGAGAUAUUAUCCCAACCAAGUACAACCGCCGCUGAGGUAUGUACCGUUCGGUACGAGGAUACAUGGAUGUCCCCAAUCUAUGCCUAUCUGAAAGCCGGAACCCUUCCUACCGACAAAUCCCAAGCUCGGAAACUCCGCUACCGAUCGGCAAGAUACACAGUCAUCAACGAUGUUCUGUACAAACGGGGCUACACGACGCCGUACUUAAAAUGCCUGACCAAAGAGCAAGGGGACUACAUCCUUCGGGAGGUCCACAGCGGAAUCUGCGGGGACCAUUCUGGUUCCCGAUCGCUCGCACACAAGGUCUUCCGGCAGGGUUAUUUCUGGCCGACUCUGCAUCAGGAUGCAAACACACUAGUCAAGAGGUGCGACAAAUGCCAACGGUUCGGUAGUGUCCCUCACAUUCCCGCCGAGCCACUGUCACCGAUCGUGAGCCCAUGGCCGUUCGCCCAAUGGGGACUGGAUCUAAUCGGUCCGAUGCCAGAGGGCAAGGGGUCAGGUAAAAUACGCUGUUGUUGCCGUAGACUACUUCACCAAAUGGGUAGAAGCCAAAGAACUAGCGACGAUAACGGCAGCCCAGAAUCGAGGAUUUCGUUUGGACAAACAUUUGCUGCCGAUUCGGCAUCCCCUACGCCAUCGUCACGGAUAACGGCAGGCACACACCCCCAAUCGAACGGACAGGUCGAAGCCAUGAACAAAAUUGUCAAGAAGCUGUUGAAACGGCAGCUUGACAAAGCCAAAGGGGCAUGGCCAGAAAAGCUUCCGGAGGCGCUAUGGGCCAUACGGACAUCUUACCGAACGGCAACCGGGGAAACACCAUUCUCCAUGGCUUUCGGUUCAGAGGCAGUAGUCCCAGUAGAGAUCGGAGAGCCCUCCUACCGAACGGAAACCUUCGCACCGAAGGCAAAUGAGGAAGCACUGGCUUGA